AUGUGGUACGGCUUCGUCCGCCUGCCAUACGGUAGGUCUCUUAAGACUCCUUCUACCGCUCUCGUACGACGCCGCUAUCUGAACAUUCUCCAUUGGCCAGAGUCGUUGCCUUCAACCGCCGCCGCCGCCGCCGCCUUCGAUUUCUUUCUGCCGAACGCCGCCGCCUCCUACGCAUUUGCCGGCGACCUCCUUCGAAGCGCGCAACGUAGUUCGCUCAGUGCAAUGCUACACGAUGAUAAAUAG